UCGGUGCUGUGUGUGCAACAGCAGCUCGGCUGAGGCAGCAGACGGCGGCCCGCGCCUCCUUUCCCAUUUACCCUUUUUUUCAUUUCACUUCUUUCUUUUCUGUAGCCGGCUUAGAGAAAUGUCCGCCAGACCAGGAUUUUACCGGCAGGAGCUGAACAAGACUGUGUGGGAGGUUCCGGAGCGGUACCAGAACCUGACGCCGGUGGGCUCCGGAGCCUACGGCUCGGUGUGUUCAGCGUAUGAUGUCAUUUUGCGGCAGAAGGUUGCGGUGAAGAAACUGUCCAGGCCUUUCCAGUCUCUGAUCCACAGCCGCCGCUCGUACCGGGAACUCAGGCUGCUCAAGCACAUGAAACACGAGAAUGUAAUAGGGCUGCUGGACGUCUUCACACCUGCUGCAACAUUAGAGGACUUCAAUGAACUGUACCUGGUGACCAACCUGAUGGGUGCAGACCUCAAUAACAUCGUCAAAUUUCAGAGGCUGUCAGACGAGCAUGUGCAGUUCUUAAUUUACCAGCUCCUCCGUGGCCUCAAGUACAUCCAUUCAGCUGGAUUGAUCCACAGAGACCUUAAGCCAAGUAAUGUGGCAGUAAAUGAGGACUGCGAGCUGAGGAUCCUUGACUUUGGAUUGGCCAGACAGACAGACGACGAGAUGACGGGGUAUGUGGCGACUCGCUGGUAUCGAGCGCCGGAGAUCAUGCUGAACUGGAUGCACUACAAUCAGAACGUUGAUAUGUGGUCAGUGGGAUGCAUAAUGGGAGAGCUGCUGAAGGGAAAAGUCCUGUUUCCUGGCACUGACUAUAUCGACCAGCUGAAGAGAAUCAUGGAGGUGGUUGGGACUCCAACACACGACCUGUUAAAGAAGAUCUGCUCUGAGCAUGCGCAGAAGUACAUCCAGUCUCUGCCCUUCAUGCCCCAGCAGGACCUGGAAAAGAUCUUUAAAGGAGCCAAUCCACUAGCUGUCGAUCUACUGAAACGUAUGCUGGUUCUGGACUGUGAUGGGAGGAUCUCGGCCAGCGAGGCUCUGUCCCACCCUUACUUCUCACAGUACCACGAUCCAGACGACGAGCCAGAGGCCCCGCCUUACGACCAAACGCUGGAGAGUAAAGACCGAAAUCUAGAAGAAUGGAAAGAGUUGGUAUUCGAAGAGGUGAACAGCGUCAAAGCAUCCGGCAACAAGACUGAUAGCCUUCAGGCGGAGCAGUAGGCCUCUUUCUGCUCUGCCUCAACCUCACCCUGAAGAAGGACCACAAACUCAAUGAUUAGGAGAAGGACUGAAGAAAACUCAUAUGCAUUCCCUCUGCUCAGCGUGACUGUGUUUGAUUGCCUGUCAUGAGUGUAUUUAAUAAGCAGCAGGGCAGGACAGUUUCCACAUGAUCAGAUGCACACAUUGCAAAUACAGGGAGCAUUUUUAGAAUCCGAUAGAACGAGCUUUCCAGUCCAGAAAGUUACUUCCUCUCAUGUUUCCGCCCAGUGAGGGUAAAAUGAGGAACCAUUCAACAUGGCUGCGUCAGGGAUCACAGAGGACGUGGGGAUUCAUACGAGGGAGCAACUUGAACUGUGUUUACAGACUGACAGAAAGGUAUCGAAGGAGAAAAACGCACACUAGGAUUUCCAAAGCAACGUCAGAGUGCCGUCUGGUCCCUCGUCAUAGCAAAUGCCAUAAGCAGUCAGUGCUAUCACAUAUGGAAUUCAUGUUUAAAGGCUUACAGCAAUACCACGUUAUGUCACAGAGCAGCUUAGCAUUUAGCCUGCAUACUGCAUGAUUUUUGUGCAUUUUAUUAUUGCAGAUCAUUACUGGUAUUGUAUUAUAUAACCAUUAAGACUGCUUAUUGCAUCUGCCACACUGCUAUAAAAGCAGCCCGAGGGUCAGAGAGAGGCAUUACGAGGAAAUGUGACCAACUUUCAACCUGUCUUAUCUUUAUAAUGUCCAUGCAGUAAAAAAUAAUAAUACAAAAGCAAACAAAAUGUACUGUUCUUCCUCGAAUGAGAGUCAACCCUAUCCUGCUUACAGAGUAGUAAACACCAACUGUGCUAUUAAUUAGCAAGGUAAUUAAUAUAUGCCAAAGCUGGAGCAGAAUGACUGUGUUGCAGGUCUGUGUUUACAGUGCUCCUCGCUUCACGUAUACGGUUUCCGCUGAUGGCUGAUUUCUGAUCACCUGUUGGCUUUGGCAGCGCUCCAUCGGGUUUCCAUAGUUCUCUGCUGUGUCUUUUACAGCCCCGGAUUGUGUUUACAAUAAUUAAGAUUAGAGGCAUUUUGUAAACUGUUAGAAACCGAGCUGGAUAAUAAUAUAUUACCCAGCUCCAUCGAAGUAAUGACUGGUCAAACACUCCCGGCUGAUGAUUCCCAUGAAGCAUCCAUAUUUGGUUGCUUGUAAAACAAGGGAGCUCAUUAGUUUCCUCAUCUUUUUAGAAUUCAUGAUGCUUGAGUGUUAUAAUGAAAACAAUGCAGAGUGUACACAUUCGUUAGUGACCAAGCACUGGGAGUGUUCUUUACCUCGAUUGUGGGUAUUCCAGUAACACUGCAGUUCAUAGUUUAUUGCAACAUUAGAACACCCUCACUGAUAACAUUGUAUUAAGCAGCAUGAGCUCAAUGCAUAUGAAGAUUGGCUGACUUCCUCACUGACAGUGUGCCAUUCAUCUUGCAGCAGACUGGAGUUUUAGUUCAACAAACGUUUUGCUGAGGUAUAGAAAUAAUCUGCUUGUGUUAAAUCACAGUGUGCAGAGCCCAACAAACCACAGAUUUCCUAUCUUAACACUAAAGGUCAGUGAAAAUGUCAAGAGGAUUAGAUUAUGAAAUCUAGUACAGAGAAAAAAUACACUAAUGCAUUUCCGGUAAUCAGAUAACUAUCUGAUCAUUUUAAUGAUACCUCAACAUAAAUAGAUGUAUCAUCACACAUAAGAUGCAUUUAUAACAUUUUGCCAGUUGACAUUUUGGGAGAUAAAAGGCUUAUAAAUCAGGAGCACACAUGAAUCCAGUUUAUAUCUGACUGCUGCAGAUGCAUUCUUACACCUAAUGUGUAUACUAUCUGGAUACAAGUCGGACAGUAAUGGCAGGUGUAAAGCAGAGUUUUCGCUGUCCUUGUAAACCCUUGUUUAAACUCGAUAAGCUAUGCAAAGUAGCAUCACUAGUAGCUCUUUAGGUUAGAUAAAGAGCUACAAGCUAUUUUAAUUUUUUAGCUAGCUAGGUUGUAAUAAUAAUAUACUAGUGGAACUACAGUAUGGUUCUCACUCAAGCUUAUCUGAGGUUUCAUUUGCAGAUAUGAGAUGAACAACGGAAUAAGACGAAAACCUAGCUAGCUAGGUUAGCUUACUAACUAACUAGGCUAACUAGGUUAAAAUCAAUUGUAUUUUAAUGUAUAGUUUGGUGUGUUCCUUUAUGCAAGUUAAACUGUGGUUCUUUGGCUUUUCCCACUCAAGUCUAACCAAACCAAUGAGAUUAUUUCUGCCUCAAAGAAACAUGAGUACAACUACAUUAAAUGACCAUUUAUGAAUCAUUUUUGAUUCUGACCCUACAAUGGUUCACACUGGAGUGCUACAUGUAGCCUUUUGCGCAAGUCGUCUAUUAACACUGUAUGCAAAAUGUUGAAUUUACAGUCCAAGUGAAUCAAAACUGUCUGUCUCAGUCAAAGAUUGUUAGAGCUUUGAAUGUUAAAGUGUUAUGUGCUUAUGUCGAUGUUAUGUGGUGGAGUUGAAUAGCAAACUGCAAAAAUGAAUGUAUACGUAUAGGCCUACUGUAUGUAUGUUACAAGUUAGAAGUGUCUUUUGAAUACAUGGUGGCAUGUAAUUCAACUGUACUAAACUGAAUGUCAACUGUCAGUUUUCAAAUGAUUCAGAUUAUUUUUUCUUUAAUCAUCAACGGGUAACAUGACUUGGCUAGUCUUGGCAUUGAACAGAAUAAACACCAUUGGUUCUGUUAAA